AUGGCCGACACAACAACCGCGGAAGAGAACGAUCAGCAGAUCACCUUCACCAUCAAAGCCUCCUCCGACGCCCGAUAUGCCUUCACCCUCCCCGUCUCCACCACAGUCGCCGAUCUCAAACAGAAGCUGUCAACCUCAGAUCAAGCCGACAUUCCCCCAGAGCGACAGAGACUAAUAUACUCUGGGCGCGUGCUCAAGGACCAUGAUACCCUUGCAGCUUGCAAGAUAAAAGAUGGCAAUACUGUGCAUCUCGUCAAGGGUGCCGACAGCAAUUCGAGACAGAAUCCCGCAAGUCAAGGCAGUGCGACCUCUGCUGUGCCGCCUGGCGCCGGCGGGCAAGCAGCAAGCAAUGUUCCAUCAAAUAUCGCUGCUGGCACCGGUACCGGGAAUCCCCUUGCGCAGCUGACCGGUGCCCGCUAUGCCGGCUUCCACGGGCUGCCAGGCAUGGACGCAUUUGGAGCAGACGGAGGCAUGGGUGCUCCUCCCAAUCCUGACCAGAUGCUACGCAUGCUCGAAGACCCCAACUUUGCGUCUCAGAUGAACGAGGCAAUGAACAAUCCUGCCGUGAUAGAUAUGCUCCGCAACAACCCCAUGAUUCGCAAUAACCCCCUGGCGCGACAAGCGUUGGAGAAUCCCGAAUUACGGCGUAUGAUGAUGAAUCCCGAAAUGAUUCGGAUGCAGAUGCAGAUGCAACGCGCGAUGGGUGGUGGCGACGCGGGAGGGGCGGGCUCGUUUCCCAUGCCCGGUCAGACGGAUACGACUGAGAACGGUUCAACAAAUACGAGUUCACCACCUCCAACAAGCCCGACGGCCAACACUGGCGCGGCAGCAAAUCCAUUCGCGGCUCUCUUUCCCGGCGGAGCAGGGGGGCAGCAACAACAACAAACGGGCGCUCAAAACCAGGCCAACCCGUUCCAGGCCAUGACGCAACAUCUAAUGCAGAAUCCUGAGGCGAUGCAACAAAUGAUGCAAAUGAUGGGGGGCAUGGGUGGCGAGAACCCCCGUUCCAACGCUGGUACCGGCGAAGCAGGAGCAACCGGAGGCGCGGCCGCGAACCCAUUCGGUGCUUUCAACCCAUUCAUGUUCGGCGGUGCUAUGGGCGGUGGCGGCGAACAGCAACCGCAAUCACCACCUGACAACCGACCGCCAGAGGAGCGAUACGAGUCGCAGCUACGUCAACUGAACGAUAUGGGAUUCUACGAGUUUGAGAGGAAUGUGCAGGCACUGCGGAGGAGUGGAGGAAGUGUGCAAGGGGCCGUCGAGUACCUCCUAACACAGCUGUGA